AGCAGAGAGAUGUCAUGGCGUCUGUGGGACUGGAGCUAGAGCUACAAUUUAGCUAAAAACCUGUCGACAGUGUGUAAACCGAAAUGGAGAAAAAUGCAAACCUGCAUCGAGAUACUGGAGGACCUUCUCUGUGUGCGACUAUUGUUGGAGAAAUGGGCGAUGUUAAAGCAGCCAGCGGGAUGAAAGGAGCGAGCGAUACGCGCAAGAAUAGUGUGCAUUCUCUCAGUACUUUGGUUAGUUGUAAUAGCGCUAGUAAUGUUCCCAGCACUGCUGGUUCCGUCUCUAGUGUUGAUAAAUUUGAGAAGCCAGAAGUGUUUAAGUCUUUCUCAGUGCAAGAGAAGAAUACACAGUCGAGUAAUUGGUCUGAGACACCGUCCCCUGAAUCUGGAGAUCAUUUGAGUAACGGGAUGGGACAUGGUUCGGUGCUGGCCACAGGAAACAGCGAGGGAGCCACCUCAAAGUUAGUAAACAUCAAAACGGAUAGGAGGACUUCAUUUUUGAAAGGGGCAUCGAGUUCAAGGAAUUCAGGUGUCCCAGCUGAGGUUUUGGAAGGUGCACCAGUUGAUCAAAUGAAGCAUAUAGAACCGACAAAUAUUUGUCCGGACAAAUCAUGCACUGGAAACGCCAAACCAGGAGUUUCGAGCGAUCAAAAUAUAUCCGAGGGUUUGCCAAGUGGGAGUGACCCGAGCAUUGCAGGAGAAUCCCGGAGCUUUGACUCUCUAGAGUCUUUUUCGAACCUCAACUCCUGCCCCAGCUCCGACCUCAACGGCGAAGGACUAGAAGAAAGGGGACUAGCCAUAGCUUUACAGAGCGAAUAUGGAGCUGAUGGAACCAAGAUCCCGUGCACCAAGGAUCGGGGCGCUGGCCAGUCUAUAUACCACAUCAAGUGGAUUAAGUGGAAAGAGGAAAACACCCCAAUCAUUACACAGAAUGAGAACGGCCCGUGCCCAUUGUUGGCAAUUAUGAAUGUCCUUUUGCUUGCAUGGAAGGUGAAGAUGCCACCCAUGAUGGAGAUCAUAACUGCCGAACAAUUAAUGGAAUAUCUGGGAGACUACAUCUUAGAUGCCAAGCCUAAAGAGAUCUCUGAAGCCCAGCGGCUCAACUACGAACAGAACAUGAGUGAUGCCAUGGCAGUGCUCCACAAGCUGCAGACAGGGCUGGACGUAAACGUGAAGUUCACGGGGGUACGAGUGUUUGAGUACACCCCUGAGUGCAUCGUGUUUGACCUGCUGGACAUCCCUCUCUACCACGGCUGGCUGGUGGACCCCCAGAUGGGUGACAUUGUGAAGGCAGUGGGCAACUGUAGCUACAACCAGCUGGUGGAGAAGAUAAUCUCUUGCAAACAGUCGGAGAGUAGCGAGCUGGCUGGGGAAGGGUUCGUGGCGGAGCAGUUCCUGCACAGCACGGCCACCCAGCUGACGUACCACGGCCUGUGUGAGCUCACCUCCACCGUGCAGGAGGGCGAGCUGGGAGUCUUCUUCAGGAACAACCACUUCAGCACCAUGAGCAAGUACAAGGGUCAGCUGUACCUGCUGGUGACCGACCAGGGUUUCCUGACGGAGGAGAAGGUGGUGUGGGAGAGCCUGCAUAACGUGGACGGAGACGGAAACUUCUGCGACUCCGAGUUCCGCCUGCGGCCCCCUUCUGACCCGGAGACGGUGUACCGCGGCCAGCAGGACCAGAUCGACCAGGACUACCUGAUGGCGCUGGCGCUGCAGCAGGAGCAGCAGAGCCAAGACCUGCAGUGGGAGCAGCCGCCAGAAGGCCUCAGCGACCUGGAGCUGGCCAAGAAGCUGCAGGAGGAGGAGGACCGGCGCGCCUCCCAGUACUACCAGGAGCAGGAGCAGGCCGCCGCCGCAGCAGCACAAGCCCAGCAGGGCCAGCCGCCGCCAGCAGGGGGCGAGGAGGCGGACGGAGGCGCGGCCGGGCCGGCCGGGGGGGCAGCGGGGCCAGUCGGGGCCACGCCCAGCCCAGGGAAGCAGCCCUCCUCCACUGAGAAAAAACCCAAGAAAGAACCCAAGGAGAAAGACAAAUGUGUCAUUUUGUAACAGAGGAUGUGUGUGUGUGUGUGUGUGUGUGUGUGUGUGUGUAUAUAUAUAUAUAUAUGUGUGUGUGUGUGGAUGAGAGAGGGAGGAGGCGGCGAAGGGCAGCAUUUCUACCUAGAUCUUACAGCUAACGCAAAGCCCCCACCUGUUGAUGAACCAAGGUGUAGGGUGCGAAGGAGAACGGAGAUACUUAGAGGGACGACAAGACUUAAGUGAGAGUUUCCGUUCCCAAGCCACUGGUGCCUGCCAUCCUCUACUCUCAGUGGACCCUGGACAACAGAAGAAGGGACACUCACGAAGAACACCAAGCUUUCGUACAGUCGGCCAAACUUUGUUACAAGUUGCACAGUGCACUAUGUUUGUGACGCGGGGUCAAGUUCAUUGGGAGCGACUUUAUAGCAAAAUGGGAAAACCGAAUAUCACUACUCACUAUUGCAUCUUUUUGGGACACCAUUUCAUGUUCAUUUUCAUGGCAGUUGAUAAGCUAUUUUUUUUUAUAAAUUAUAAUUACAGCACCUCGUAUAGAAAUGCCUGCUAUAGAUUUAUCUUGUUUUUUGGUUCUUAGUUAUUGUUGGUCACUUACGUCUUUAUAAUCGUAGAGUCAAGAGUUUGACCCGAGUGUUUUAGCCUCCUUGCCAAAUUGCCCACUGAAUUCACGUUUGUAUGUGAGUGCUACAGAGAAGUUUUAUUUUGCUGUAAAUUGAAAGGGAUUUUUUGCCAGCUGGAAAUUAAUAUAAGAACCCCUGUGACAACCGUAUUUAUUUCUCGUUUCAGACACUAGUACCCACCUCUAUUCUGUCCUACAGAGAUGUGGAUUCCAGAUAGCUUCACUGUUACAUUUACCUACCCUCGUUGGGAAUACCCACGUCCAGAUAUCCCUUUUGCCUUACUAGUGUAUGGCAGAGUUCAAUUCUGCUUUGUGUGUGUGUGAGGGUGUUCACGUGUGUGUUGCGUGUGACUCAUUUUUGUCUGUCUGUCAGACCUAUUUACUCAGCUCAUUGAUGUCUGCUUUUUAUUUCAUUUCUUUUGGAAAUGGCAUUUUAACUACACCUGUACAGGACAGUAUAUAAGGAAUGCCAUACAUAUUUCAUUUAUAUAUCUCCCAUCCAUGACAGUCUGGACAACCAGACAGUGUGUAAACCGGUAAACAUUGUCACCUGAGAGAGAACGCUGGGUCUGGGCCAGAUAGCUACUCAGCAGUAUCCUACACUAAUGCCCCCCCCCCCCAUCUCUCUGACUGUCUGACUGCUGCUCACUACACCCUGUCAAGACAUGAUUUCAGAUUAGUUCAGCUUGGGCAGCUGCCCUCGUCCCUUCCUCGUUUAGUUCUGGAAGCAGGAGUUUUAUAUUGUAGCCAUGAUUGAUCCCAUGCGCUUCUCCUACUUCAUUUGACAACUAGACUAAUUUAUAUACAAUGUGUAUCUUAUGUAACAAAGGCUCAUUUAUGGUGAAGCUAGCUAGUAGAUUGUGCAAUUGUCCUACUAUGGUACUGCCUACUGAGAAACUGUUUUUUAUCUAUACAUUCCAGCUGAUUGCCUUGACUGAAGCCUUGUGUUGUUUUUCAGAUGUAGAAAACAGCAGGAGGAACACCUGGCAGUGCUAGCUUUGAGGUUUGCGUUGUUGUUCUCUUGUGUUUGUUGUCUAGAAAACGCACAGCUCCAGUCUUCAAGGCAAGCCCAGUAGUGUUGUGACUGUUUGUCUGCUUGUCACCUUGGACAGGCUGGUGGUAGUGGCACCCUUCCCUGCACGCUGGGCUUGACAGGCUGGGCUAAGCUGUGCCUGCCUGGCCCUCGUGCGGCCAGUCUUUCAAAAAAAGCCUUACAACAUUUACAAUAGAUUUUAUAAGGACAAAAGGAAACAGGUGUAUUACCAGAAUGAGACAAUCUGUAGAUUUGAACAUAGGCAUAAGAAAUACUCUCAGGUCUUCUCUGAAGGAACCUAUCCUUGAGUGUCUUUUGCUCAUAUCUAGAUGUGAAUCAGCUGCCUUGGCAACAUUGUUCUUGAUAUAAACCAGUGUAAAGCAUUUGAUACAGUACCCUGUCACUCCCCCAUGAGAAUGUGUUGUAAAUGUAAACGUGUAAUCACAACAUAUGUACCAGUAAUACAAACUAUUUAAACACACAAUAGGGCAACUUUGUAGCUGUUAGUACUGGCUGUGCAUUGUUAAAACUGUCUACAUUUAUGGCUUUCGUUCUUUCAAAUCGUAAAACUUGAGCUAUUCUCAGGUGUACUGGGUGAAAGGAAUAUUUUCAUACGUUGAAUAACGUUAAGUCAUUAACCUUUUGCCCCUUUUUAUUAAAAGGCUGCAUAUAGACGGUGAAAUACGCUGCUAAGGUUUUAUGUCCCAAAAAGUGACUCAAUUGGCAGGGUUGACAGAGCACCUUCCAUGAAGUCAGUCGUGAGUGAACCUUCACUCCAGACUACUUUGUGACUCGCUGGCACCAUACUCACGUCAUUAAAGAAAGCAAAGAGAAGCUCCUCUGUGUUAGUACAGCUAACCUCAGUUCCCGCCUUGACUUAUGUUUAUUAAUGAACCACAGUUAAAAGCAUUCCAAAGGCAAAUUGUGGGAAGUAUUGUCAAGUUAGGAUUUUUCAAAUAGCCUGGUCUCCUGCAAAUGACGUCAUUUUGUGAGACGCAACAACUAGAUGCCCAACAAAUAGUUCUCCAAUACGCAUGCUAUUGGGGUCCCUUACAUUGCAUUGGUGUAACAAGUUCUGGAUAUUUUGAUGUGUGAUGUGGUUCAGUUUCAACCUUGUUCCUCAAAUUGAUCUGAAGGGUUUUGUGUGGAAUGUCUCAAGUGAUUAUUCGUAAGCCUUGUGAUAGUGGUUGUCGGGUAAAUACUGUAGAAGUUGUAUUUUAACAAGGUAGUCCUUGAAAAUGUAGUCAUUGUAAUUGGUUUUGCACUGUUACAUUGAUAUGAUCUACUAAGAGAAACAUACCUCAUUUUAUACAGAAUUGAAAUUGUGCUCCACUGCUAUGAUUCUCUGAACACAGGAUAGGAGAAUGUCUGGAUUGGGACAGCAGUAGUUUCUUUAAAUAUGAUUAAGAUGUGGGCUGUUUCUGAAGCAUAAAAGGGCUGUUGAACGAUUGGGUUUAAAGUAAAGUAAAAAUACUUGUGAAUAUGUAGCUCUGUCAAUAGAAUGUGCUGCAGUUUGCUACUUAUACCUGUUCAUCCACUAGAACAUUCAAUCACAUUUGACAGCAUAGCUUUUAAGUGUGAGUGAUAUUGUAAUGAAACUCGGCCAUCCAGUUGAGAAACAUUGAAGAAUAAAAAGGAUUGAAGUUAAUGUACAUUUUAAAAGAUCGCUCAAAACAGACUGCAAGUCAAUUGUCAAAGCAAAAUAAUAUUUUACCUGAACAUUUGGUGGAGCACAGUGCAUUGUUAAACACCCCAAUCAAUACUUAUACGUCUCAGUUUCAUUUGGUUCUCUUGGAUGCAAUAUCAGUUCCCAGAUGUUAUGUGAUGCAUGUAUAGUGCUGAAUGCAACUUAAGGCCUACUAAUAUCAGUUAUCCCACAGUAUACUUUAACUUGUCUUUUGUUUAUACAUUCACUUUCUAACUACAAACAAAUGAAGCUCUUGCGCAGUUAUGGAUAUCAAAGUUCUUUUUUGUUGGUUCAAAUGUUUCACAUUUACACGACCAAAUAAUGUAUGUAGCCUUUCAGAGUACAGUUGCAAAACUUAGAUGGUGGUUCUCCUGUAACUAAAUGCCUUAGACGAGGGACAUUCAGCCUGAUUAUAAAAGUACCUGGACAAUAAAAAAGGAAAAAAGGAAUUGCCUGGUUAUUCCACGUCAGCCGUUUGUGAGAAAAUAUACGGUAAGCCUCGAGUCAAACAGCAUCAACAUCAUUUAUUGACCUUCAGCACACACCUGCAAAGACCAAAGUUAAUAUAAGAAUGCUUCGUUCUUGGUGUUACACACAGGAAUUUGAGUUUUAAGUUGAGGAGCAAUUAACAUGACAUGAAAAAUUGUUACAAAUAACUAAAGCUGUACAAUUUCUUCUAAAGGGUAGUUGAACAUGUGCACAGGGUUGUAGAACAGUAACAGUAGGCCUGUCAGAGAACCCUACAUUGAGGUAAACACUCAUCUAUACAAAAUAAAAACACUUAUUACCUUUUGGCUAGAAACCAGCUUCUAUAAACACCUAUAAUUAAAAUAUAUAUAUAAAAAAAAAAAAA